GCGGCGCGCGGGCGCCGCGGACGGCGCGCAGGCGGCGCGCGCGGGCGCGUGGGCGCGCAGGCGGCGUGCGGGUGCCGCGGACGACGCGCGGGGCGGCGCGCAGGAGGCUCGGGCUGGCCGCUGGUGGAGCUGCUGCACGCGGGCGUGCGUCAGCUGCUGCACGCGGGCGUGCGUCACUGGGGGUGCUGCGGCACGCGAGGGGCUGCAGGAGCUCGGCAACAGGAGCAAAAGUGAGCUGUUGUGCAGAGGCAACAGGAGCAAAGGCAACGUGCUGGGUGAGCUGGGCUGAGCAAAGGCACGCAGGGAGACUGUUGUGCAGAUUGAAGGGAGAAGAGCUGUGUCAUUGUGGAAAGGAAGGCUUGUUCGAUUAAUUACCAAUGGAGAUGCUGAGUUCGGAAGAAGAGGCUGCAAGGAAGGCUGCAAAUGAGCAGCAUAGCCGCAGCAAGAACGAAGAGGAUUCACUCAUUACAAAAAAUGAGAUGAGAAGUGAGAUGAGGUGUAUGAUUCAGGAGCUUAUGGGGCUGGGUUUGAUUGGGUCUAAGGCGGUGUCUGGACCGUCUGAGUUGAAGCUGGAGCUUGUGCCAAAUGAUGUGAAACUAGAAGGUAGCAAGAAUUACCUGAGUUGGUCUAGGAGAGUGAAGAUGCUUCUAGCUGGAAAGGGGGUGGAACACUACCUGGAGGAGGACUGUGUCGAGCCAGAUGAUAGACUUAGUUCAGAAUGGAGAAUUUGGCACACCACUAACUCAAUUAUAGUGACAUGGUUACUGUCAUCUAUGUCCCCAUCUGUGAGUAAGAUGGUUGAAGCUAUGCGUACUGCAGCACAUAUUUGGAAGACCUUGAGUAAUAUGUACUCAAGAAAAGGAAAUGUGAUGAUGAUGAUGGAAAUUCAAAAUAAGGCAGAUGCGGUGAAACAAGCAGGAAGAUCUGUUGAGCAGUAUGCUAGUGAACUUCAGUAUUUAUGGGGUGAGCUAGAUCAUUACGCUCCACUUCACAUGGAGUGUUCCAGAGAUGCUGUGGCUGUUCAUAAAUGGGUAGAGGAUAGGAGAGUAACCCAUUUCUUAAAGAAUUUGGAUCCUGAGUUUGAAAGUAGGAGGGCAGCCAUCUGCCAUCAAGAGAGCCUUCCUACUAUGGAGGAGGCCAUUUCGGCUAUGCUUAAUGAGGAAAGUAGACUUAAGGUGAUGGGUGGUAAUGAUCCAAUCAAAUCGGCAUACAGUGCUAGUGAUGAUAGAGAUUGCUAUAACUGUGGAGAGAAAGGACACUUGAGUUACAACUGUCCUCAUCCGAGAGGGAGUGGUGCUCGUGGUGGUGGUGCCCGUGGAGCACGUGGGGGUGCUCGUGGUGGUCGUGGUGGUUAUGGAGGAGGUCGUGGAACCCGUGGUGGAGGACGUGGUAGAGGUCGUGGUGGCCCUAGAGCCAAUAUAGCUGUUGCAGAAGAAACACCAUCUAUCACGCUAACUGGAGAACAAGCUAAGAUGUGGGAACAGUGGCAGAAGAGCAAAGAGUCAGAGAAAUCAGCUAGUACUCCACCUGAUGUUACUGCAACCACUACCGUUCAACACUUCGGUAACUUCGCCAACUACGCCCACUCGGGCGAAGGAGAAGAGCACUGGGAGGAGGAUUGGGACUGGAGUCAGGCGUAAUGGACUGUGGUUCAUCAAUCAUGAGGAGGCAGCACUAGCAGCAACAACGGAAGGGGAUGAGGAAGUAGUCAUUUUGCUCCACCGCCGGUUAGGCCAUAUACCUUUUGAGAACCUAUACAGGUUGUAUCCCGAAGUGUUUAAGGGUCUGGAUAAAAGUAAAUUCGUAUGUGAUGCUUGUGAACUUGCUAAGCAUACAAGAGCAACUUAUUCUAGUAUUGGUAUUCGGAGUUGUGAACCUUUUAUGCUUAUACAU